AUGUGCACCAUGUUUGCAAUGAAGCAGCCAGACCUUGGCUCGAGGGAGCAAACGUGCAUGCUGUGUGGCCAGGCAGAGGUGGACCCAGAUAUCUGUGGGCGCAAAAGAGUGAAAAAAGGGCUCUGUGCCCACACAUAUUGCCUGUGCUGCUUCGUUUGUGGCAAGAUGGGUGCUGCCAUCAUCUGCCAGGAGAAAGGGUGCAACCACAGUUUCCAUCUCCCCUGUGCCUCAGAGGGUGAAUGUGUCACCCAGUUCUUUGAGCCGUACAGGUCCUUCUGCUGGCAGCACUGCCCAGAACAGACAGUGCAAGCCACCCCAGAGCAGAACAGCACCUGCAUCAUCUGCCUGGACCUUGUGGAAGACAAAAAGUCCUACCGCACCAUGGUGUGCCCAGCAUGCCAGCAUGCCUGGUUCCACCAGAACUGCAUCCAGAAAAAGGCUAUCCAUGCUGGUGCCAGCUUCCACUGCCUGCAUUGCCAAAAUGAAGAUCAGUUUGUGAAGGAAAUGCUCAACAUGGGGAUUCAAAUCUCCAAGAGACAACCAUCAUGGGAGAGCGAUGAAGCAUUUGAGCUGGUAUAUCAAAGGCACAGCCUCUGCAAUGCCAGCAAAUGCCUUUGUCCGGGAGGCAGGGAGCAGGCAGAGGAAGAGGGGCCUUGGCAACUGCUCCUGUGCAGCUCCUGUGCUGCUGAAGGCACCCACCGACACUGCUCGUACUUGAGGAGCUGUGCAACCACCUGGGAGUGUGACAGCUGCACUGGCCUGGGCACUGAUAAGAGGCAAAAACAUCUGGGUGCUCCUGGACUGAGGCCAGCCUCCAGUGACAAUUCAGAGCUUGCCAGCCCCAGCUCCACCAGCCAGGUGGCAUCAGGGCCGCCCCAUGGCUCCCUUGCGUAUGAGAGCAGUAGGCCCAGCACCAUCGCUCAGGUAUCACUGGGGCCAUUCCACCCCUCCUCGGGGCCUGAAAGCAGCAGCCGCUCCAGCCAACCUGGACCAGACCGGAUACGACACUGCUGGCGGUUACAACAGCGAGCACAAAAGCCGUACAGCCGGCCUGGAAAACACCAUGGGAGCAGCCAUGAGCAAGCCCCAAGUGCUGAGCCCAGUAGCUCCAGUACUGCCUGGCAUGUGACGUUGGGACUGUUCCUUGACGCUCUGGUGCUCAAGAGGAGCAGCUCCAGCUCCACCAGGGAGGCAGCAUUGGGGCUGUCCCGUGAUGCUCUGGCACUCAAAAGCAGCAGCCGCUUCAGCCACCCUGGACCAGAGCAGAUCCGACACCACUGGCGGUUACAACGUCAGGCACAAAAGCUGUACAGCCGGCCUGGAAGAUGCUGCUGA